GGGCGGGGUGACCUCGGUUCGCGCACAUUCCCGGGCCCUGAGCGCGGCGCCCGGAAUAGCAGCCCCGGGGCAGAGGGGGGCGGUCAGUCCCCGCGCCGCGCCCCCGCCCGAGCCUGCCAAGGUCACCCGGACCCGGGCGCCGGACACCAGCCUGCGGCUCCGGGACCCCUGCGCUCGCGUCCGCCGGGCAGUCCCCUGCCGCAGAUCCGUGCCCGCCGCGCGAGGGCGCCCGGGGCCGCCGCCCCUCCUGACCCGGGCCUGGGCGCGCCUGCGGAGGCCGCGGUGGGAGGGACCGUCCCAGGCUCCCCACCCCGCCCAGCACCUUGGGCCCCGCCGCUUCCGCUCGCCCUGGGGCCGCUCAGGGAGCCGGGACGCGCUGCCUGGGCUCCGCGCAGCCGGGUGUCACAGAAUCAUGGACUGAGUCCACUUGGCCCCCACUGCACAGAUGGGGAAACUGAGGCCUGGGAGAGUGGAGUGGCUGGCCUCAGGCCACACGGAAAGGCCCCGCCUCUUCCAGAACCUCCUGCUCUUCCUGUGGGCCCUGCUGAACUGUGGUUUGGGGGUCAGUGCUCAGUAGGGUCCGGGCGAGUGGACCCCAUGGGUGUCCUGGACCCGCUGCUCCAGCUCCUGCGGGCGUGGCGUCUCCGUGCGCAGCCGGCGCUGCCUCCGGCUUCCUGGGGAAGAACCGUGCUGGGGAGACUCCCACGAGUACCGCCUCUGCCAGUUGCCAGACUGCCCCCCAGGGGCUGUGCCCUUCCGAGACCUACAGUGUGCCCUGUACAAUGGCCGCCCUGUCCUGGGCACCCAGAAGACCUACCAGUGGGUGCCCUUCCAUGGGGCUUCGGCCGCGUCCUGGACGGCACCGCCUGCAGCCCGGGUGCUCAGGGGGUCUGCGUGGCUGGCCGCUGCCUUAGCGCCGGCUGUGAUGGGUUGUUGGGCUCGGGUGCCCUCGAGGACCGCUGUGGCCGCUGCGGAGGCGCCAACGACUCGUGCCUUUUCGUGCAGCGCGUGUUUCGUGACGCCGGUGCCUUCGCUGGGUACUGGAACGUGACCCUGAUCCCCGAGGGCGCCAGACACAUCCGCGUGGAACACAGGAGCCGCAACCACCUAGCACUGAUGGGGGGCGAUGGGCGCUACGUGCUUAAUGGGGACUGGGCGGUCAGCCCACCAGGGACCUACGAGGUGGCCGGCACGCAUGUGGUCUACACCCGCGACACAGGGCCCCAGGAGACAUUGCAAGCAGCCGGGCCCACCUCCCAUGACCUGCUCCUACAGGUCCUCCUGCAGGAGCCCAACCCUGGCAUCGAGUUUGAGUUCUGGCUCCCUCGGGAGCGCUACAGCCCCUUCCAGGCUCGUGUGCAGGCCCUGGGCUGGCCCCUGAGGCAGCCGCAGCCCCGGGGGGUGGAGCCUCAGCCCCCCGCAGCCCCUGCUGUCACCCCUGCACGGACCCCAACCCUGGCCCCAGACCCCUGCCCACCCUGCCCUGACACCCGCGGCCGCGCCCACCGACUGCUCCACUAUUGCGGCAGUGACUUUGUGUUCCAGGCCCGAGUGCUGAGCCGCCACCGCCAGGCCCGGGAGACCCGCUAUGAGGUGCGUAUCCAGCUCGUCUACAAGAACCGCUCGCCACUGCGGGCACGCGAGUACGUGUGGGCGCCAGGCCACUGCCCCUGCCCGAUGCUGGCACCCCACCGGGACUACCUGAUGGCUGUCCAGCGUCUUGUCAGCCCCGACGGCACACAGGACCAGCUGCUGCUGCCCCACGCCGGCUACGCCCGGCCCUGGAGCCCUGCGGAGGACAGCCGCAUACGCCUGACUGCCCGGCGCUGUCCUGGCUGAGCCCCUGCAGGAGCCCCGGCCACACACAGCAAGAAAGAUACAUCUGACCAGCCUCAACGUCAACGUAUUUCCCCUCUCACCCUGGCUUCCAGGCAGCUCUGAAAUACGUCCCACCUGUGCAGCUAUGUGACUCCCUCCCGCACACGCUUAAGACACCUCUGCAUGCAGUCAAAGCCACUGUCACAAGCCGGCAGGCACUGGUGAGGAGGCACUAAGGAGACUCUGACUUUUAUUUCGCCUCUCUCCUUGGCUGCCAGGAAGCUCAUAGCUAUUUAUACUCAGAAAGUUUAACGCUGCUUUCUUUCUCUUUGCGUGCGUCACACUUGCUUGGAGACACUGUCAUGAACGAGCAUGACACCCUGCUGCCCUGGGUACCCAGAAGAUCAUCUGUUUACUUCCCAGACACUGUGCUGUCUCUGCUCUCUGCUACUCACACACACCCUCAUGUGUGAAGGGCAGAGACACUGUCACAAACAGGCAUGCCCCUUAGAAGACAUGCCUAACCAGGCACUGUAACGUACCAACGUACCAAUUUCCCCUUUUCCCCUGGCUACCAGGAAACUUGGAGACAAUCUUUUCAGCCUCAGCAUUUCUGGCUGGAUUUCCACCCAUCAACACGUGCUUGCUCCUCCUUUUUUUUUUUGAGGCAGACCCUUGCUCUGUCACCUAGGCUGAAGUGCGGUGGUGCAAUCAUGGCUCACUGCAGCCUCAAACUCCUGGGCUCAAGCGAUCCUCCCACCUCAGCCUCCACAGCAGCUGGAACUCCAGGUAUGAAUCACCAUGCCCGGCUAACUUUUAAAUUUUUUGUAGAGAUGGGGUCUUGCUACGUUGCCCACACUGCUCUCCAACUACUGGCCUCAAACGAUCCUCCUGCCUCGGCCUCCCAAAGCACUGGAAUUUCAGGCAUGCACUAUCGUACUGGCUGUUCACCCCCCUUUUAUUCCUCUUUAAUUUUUACAAGCACUUUUUUUAAAAAAAGUUUAAGUUCUGGGUG